GCUGUGCGCCUUAUAAGAUUGACACACCUCCAGCUCUCCUUCCCCUUCUGCCACCACCAUUGUUUCGCAUUCGACCGUCUCUCCACUCCCCACAGUAUGUCUCCCCUUCUGAAUCUGAUCUGAAACUCAUAAUCGAUGUAAUAUACAGGUAUUCAUUCGCCUGCCACCGUCAUGGCUGCCAAGAAGCGUUGUCAAUUCCAGUCCGAUACUCCUUGUAAUUCUGCGGCGCUUCGCAUAGUUGGUCAGUGUCCACAUUGCAGGGUAGACUUCUGUGGAGCACAUCGCCUACCUGAACAUCACAAUUGCAAUAACCUGGAGGAUUGCCGACAGCAAGCCUUCGAGCGCAAUAAGGCGAAGCUAGAGAGCGAACGCACUGUGGCUUCUAAGAUGGCUACCGCAUAAUGGUUCCCCUCUACGUGCCGACAUUCUGUUUCUCCUCAUUUCUCUUUUACCGCUGGCCUCUGCACUCUCAGCAUGCCCCACAUUCUGCUACUCUACAUUACUUGAUCUUCUAUUUAUUGCGUCCCAUCCAACCAUCCCGUCCCAUCCCACCCUAGUGAUACCUCCUGUCACCUCUCCGUCAGCUAUAGGACACUCAAUCUGUUGUGGGUCGUGCUGCUUGUAACUUGGUUUGUAAUAGAAUUUUCACGUACGCUGACAACGAGAGAUGUCUGUUCGUAUUAUUGUGGCAUCUCCGGCCGCGGCUGGGCGGGGUUUAUUCCGGACUUUUUGUUUAGGUAUCUUAUGGAGUUGCCUUCCUCCACAUAUGUAUUUGCCCUGUUUCAUCAUCAUGCAUCAUGAUUUCAAGGGGAGUUUGUUAUCCGAUUUCCUCGAAUAUGUAUCUCUGUUAUCGUCUGUACUAUGAUACACGGAUGAUUGCAGCAACACCAG